AGGCGGUGGCGCUCUAAGCCUUCAUUCCUGUCAGGGCUUUGGCAGCUUGCAGCAUUUGACCGGUUAAUUUCCGAGACAACUGAGAAGGCAAGAAAAACACUGAAAGCAUGGCUGAGACCCCUGAGGAGCAGCCGAGUACUGGGGUCUUGGGACGUAUUGGGAGCUGGUUUUCUCCCUGGACGGGAAAGGGUCCAAAGAGCCCAACUGGAAAUUCCUCCCCAACUAGUGAGGAGUCUGUGAGACCCCAGGCAGGGCAACAACAGUGGGAGGGGGAGAAAGAAGAGAGCUCCAAUCUCAAUCCACUGGGUCUCUCCAGAGACAUUUUACUGUGUGAAGAGGAGAACGCCACGCAGUCUGCCCACAGACGCAGCUCUGCCUACAGACGCAGCUCUGCUCUGAGCAGCACUGAGACAGCAGAGAGACGUCAUCAAAAAGAGGAGGAGUUUGUGGAGGGCAGGAAGAAGAGAACAGGACAGGGCAAAGGCAGGGAGGAGAGGAGCAACGGUACUUCAGUGAGCGGGAAUCUUGAGAAGAAUGCCAGUCAUCUGACACAUCUCUCUUCGUUUCCUAAACAGGGAGUGGUAUGGGACUCUGACCAGGCCCACACCCAUCCUCAGGCCCAGGCAGGCAAAAGGAUCCAUGUGUACCUGGAGGAGACUAGUGUGAUUCACCAAGGCAUCUGUGCUGGACAGGAAGUUGUCUGCACCGAAGUCACGAAAAGCCUUCAGGUCCUCCCCAAGGCAAAGUCACCACCAGAUUUUCAUUUGUCAAAAAUCUCAAGUUCAGCAAGUGCAGAGAAACAAAGGACCAGUUACAGUGCUCCAGUGGGUGUGCCAUUCAAAUUAAGCAAAGACUCACAGUUAGAGCCUGAACCUGAUAAAGAGCAAACAGAGCCAGACAGCAUGGUACGUAAAAACGCAGCCAGGAGGAAACACAGGAAGAACUCUCAAGGAGAUGGAGGGACUAGCCCCCAGGAAAAAAUCCCUCCCAGUACUCCACCUGCCCUAGAGGAAUUAACUUCACCAUCUAACGCAGUGAAGAGUCCCCAGGGCAAAAGUCCAGAAACUCCCACAGGAGAGUCAUCGGUAAACCCCUCCCCCAAGUACAAUGUCAGCUCUCAGGCCUCACCUGAAGGAGGGGAAAGUAAGAGUUGGUGCCCUGAUACAUUCAGACAGGACUCAAACUCUGUCGUUGCAGACACUCAGGCAUGUGUGUUUGGCUGGGAUGCAGACAUGGAGGACGAUGACAGCUUUUACCAAGUAGAGAGAAAGACAGAGACACCAGAGUCUAAACGUUUGAGCAUGAAGGUUUCUAGAAGUGAGGUGAAGCUUUUUACAAAAAAUGUGCACUUAAAGCCAAGGGAAAGGCCAGCACAAGACAAACUGGAUUUUAAGUCAACAUUAAAGGACACUAAAAAUGAAGAAGAGGAUAAGCCCAAAACAGGAACUGAUGCAAGAAUACAUGACCAACUGAAAACCAACAAGGAUCCCAAACCAGCUUUUGGCCAGGUUGCAGAUAGAAUCAGCCUCUUUGAACAGCCGAAGGUGGUGGGGGGCCACAAACAGACCUUCGAAACCUCGAGGAGCGUUGAUGUCUCUCCAGUCAGGAAAGCUACUGACAAGCUGAAAGCAGAUUUUAUGUUGUCAGACCAGAGAUCAAGAUCAGCUGAGCAUUAUUGCACAAUUAGGUCCAGCUCUGCAUCACCUGUCAGGGAGAAAGCGGUGUUGAUCAAAGAGCAAGCAAGGAACUUUACAGAAGCAUCUGUACCACAGGCUAAGCCAGCACUGCCUCAAAAGCCAGCCAUGGUAGGAAUGUCUCAGAAAUCCACCUCAUCUGUGGCAGGCGGUGUGUCACAGUCAACAAAACUGGACAGUCAGGACAAACUGGAUACUAAAGAGCACAUACAGGCAACAGCAGUGUCAGUGAUGACAGUAAAACCAGACGGACAAGAUCCCACUGCUCUAGGGGUAAACAUGUCCGUUCAUAAAGAACAACCAAGUGACUCCAAAACAACCAAAACAGAGGCCUCGAAAACUGCAGAUCACAGUACAAAACCCAUCAGGGUUGAAUCAAAUGUUCCAGUUAAAGGAACAGGAGAUUCUUCAGCAUUGACCAUUAAAAUCAUUCCAGAGGUCAAAGGCCCUAGCAGGACAGGCGCCCGGUCUAAAAGAAGGAAGAGCAGAGAGCCCACCAGUCCCCUCAGCCCAAACAGCGAAACGAAACCUGCAAGCAAGCCAGAGGUCUCUGAUUUGAAACAAGACCAAGUGGACGGUGCAGAGGAAACUGUCUCUCCCUCCAAACAACUCACAGAGAAGCUCUCAUUACCCUCUGAUAAAGCCCAAAGAAUCACUUCAGAGGCAAAUCAGACUGAGAAGGAAUACAAAGAAAAAGCACAAUCAGCAGAUACAAAAGAGAAAACACUUACAAAGGAACUGAAGGUGUUAGACAAAGAGGAAAACAAGACAGAUUCUUCAUUUAAGAAGGAGAACACUGGCAAACCGGUCAACAGACAGGAGGGAUUGCCUGUCAUCAAAGAUGAACCUGAUAGUGCUGCUUGUAACAGCGGAACAAAGAAGCCUGUUAUUUUACCCAAAAAGAGGGAAAAGACAGUUGGACACAGUCUCAUAUUCACACAGGAGAGAGAACUGGCCUCUGAGGAGAGCAAAGAACCUUCAGUCUCCUCCCCCUCACCUGCAGUUAGACUUAUUGAGAAGACUCCUUCAGUGGAGCAGAAAUUACCCAUUGAACAUCCAAAAUUAGAUAAAGAACCAAAAAGUAAAGGAAAAGUUAGCCUACCCAAUAAAAAAGACACUGAGCAAACACUGCAACCCCAGAACAAGGACUCAGAAGUAACAAAUCGGGCUGAGAAUAAAGGUGUGGGGAACUUAGAAAAGGUGGUGAGUGAAAAACCAAAUCAGACUGAGAAGGAAGACAAAGAAAAACCACAGCAGCUCCUGUCUUCAGAUAAAAAUACCACAAAGGGCAAGGUUUCAGACACAGGACAAGGUGUCUCAGCGACAGAGGGGAGCGUAGGUAAGGAAGAUGAAAGGAAAAAUGCUAUAAAAAAAGGGGAGACGCAGCCCAUUAAAGAUAAAACAAAACCAGAAGCCGACCAACCAAAACCGGUCUCUCACUUGUUAGCAAAGACCACUGGAUCAUCAGAUGUCCCUGCUCAAACACAGCAUGUCAGUCAAACAGGAGCUACACAUCCAGAAAAAGCUGCUAUAUGUGCCAUCACCCAGACUAAUGAGGCCGUGAAUGGGACCGAGGAUAAUAAAAGGCCUUUGAAGGGAGAAACUGCAACAAAUGUGCCUCCUGAGGCGAAAACAAACUCUACAGAAAUCACUGGAACAAAAAUAAAGCCAGUGGUGAUUUCAGCAGAACCACAGCCUAUUUCUGCAUCAGUGGAAAAAAGGGAGAAUUCACUGGAUGACACACAUACACAUGGAGCUAAUGAGGUUGAGUUCUCAAGCUCAAAGCUUAUUACCAAAGCAGCUCCAGCCGCUGAGGAAGUGACUGUAAAAGCUGCUAAUGGCGCUCCAGUGUUGACAACUGCACAGGCUGAAAAUGUGGCAAAGAAAAAAUUGUCUCUUAAAAAGCCUGCUCCUAUACCCAUCUCUAAAUCUGUGAGCAGUGAGAGAGUAGGGCAGGAUGAUGGGCAAAAAAGCUCAACUGUCAAAUCUGUGCCCUCAGAAGUCAAAACUGAAGAUGUAAUUAAAGCAGCUCCGAGCCGGUCGCAGUGUGAGGAGUCUAAAAAACCAAAGGGCAUAGGAAAAAUAGCACAGAGCCCUACUGACAGCAGUGCUUCUAAAUCCACGGUUAAUGUGACACAGAAAAGAAGUGAGGAAACAUUCAGUCUAUCAGCGAAUGAACUUUCACCUGCUGCUAAUAGUGAUACCUCCCUACAUCCACUUGUCCCAAUCAAAAAAGAACUGGUCAGUAACAAGCCAAGUCAAGUUCCAAAAUCAGCAGCUUCCCCAGAGGCUAAUAGACCCAUCCCAGAGUCAAUCCAGCCUUCAUCCAUGAAGAGGCUCCAGUUGCCACUGGGGCUAUGUAAGGAUGACUCUGCACAACAGCAAGACGCCCCCUCUAGCUGGCUAGAUGUAGACUUUCCCAAAUGGAAGCUUAAAGUUUCAGAGCCCAAAUUAAGCUCUUCUGGAAGUGAGAGCAAUCUUCUGGACACCACUGGCGAGCUAGAUGAUGAUGAUUUCGUUGAGAAAAUCAAAAAACUAUGCGCCCCCUUCUCCCUCCCGCCACGUAAACACAGCCAGCUUCGGCCACCUCAGCCCCCCUUUGCCUUGCCGGCCAUCAGGGAGGCCCGUUUUGAGAAGACGUUUGACCCAGAGGAGUUUCAGUUUGGCUUGAGAAAGAAGAAUCAGUUCGCUUUAGAUACAGGCCCGAGCCUCUUAGCCAAGCUCCAGAGCGUAGAAACUAAAUCUGGCUUAAUACCAACCAGGGCUAGUUUGUCAGAUAGAAGCAUGCUGCUUGGUAGCCUCGACACUCACUCUCAGCUCAGGGAUAACUCCCCUGUCAAGGAUGAGGAGGAGGUUAAUGAAGAGAAAGACGAUCGGAUCAAGGUGAAGUCUCGCUUAGAGGGGAGCUGUGUCCUAAGCAGCCUCACCUCCUCUAGCUACAGAGGGAAGAAGAAUGGAGUGCAGGCAGAAUGCACCAGCCCUGGGGACAUGUCCCCUAGUGAAGCCCCUCAGCUAACGCCAUCACCUUUAUCCCAGCCACCCCUGCCAAGCACGACUGCCACAACUCCAAACAAAGACAUACUGUCCAAACAGAGCCCUGCUCCUAGCGACAAGGGGGAAGCCCAGACUGCAGAGGCUGUGGUCAGUGAGUCAGGUACUCCACUUCCUUCCUUCAACGACAUCAAGCUGCCGGACUAUUUUGAGAAGUACCUCCCCCGAGAACCAGCGAAACCAGUGCAGAGCAUAAUAGGACAGGAACAAGUCAAAAAAGAGGACACUGGAAAAAUGACAAGUUCAUUCCAAAGAGGGGAAUCAGAUGUGUACUUAAAACCAGGUCUCCUGCUGCCUAAUGCUGUGCCUCCUUGUUUUCCUGGGAUUCCUCCAACCACACACCCUACACUCCCUGAGCUUAAGCAGGCUCCAGCUCAGCCACAGGGCACAGUUAGUAAGAGUAUAAGAACUGUCAGAGGAUUUCACAAGCGCCCUGGAAAGAUGGUGUUGUUUGAGAAGGCUCAGUUCAGUGGCCAGUCUUGUGAGAUUUACAGGGAUGUUGCAGAUGCUACUUCUCUGAAGCUCUCCCCUCUCAUAUCUGUGAAAGUUAUUAGAGGAUGCUGGAUUCUUUAUGAGAAGCCUGACUAUCAGGGACGCUCUAUCGCCUUGGAAGAAGGUGGCAUUGAAUUGACAAAUGUGUGGGCAGAGUCUGGGCUGGAAACAGAACCACACAACAGCCCACCAAUGCUGAUCGGCUCUAUUCGACUUGUUGUUAGAGAUUACAGCAUCCCCCAUAUCGAUCUGUUUACUGAACCAGAGGGGCACGGCAGAGUGACACCUUACCAUGAUGACACAAUAGAGACAGGCUCAUUUGGCAUCCCACUGAGCACUGCCUCCAUCCAAGUGCACUCUGGGGUGUGGCUGGUGUUCAGUGACCCAGGGUUCCAGGGUAUGUUGUCUGUGCUAGAGGCAGGCGUGUACCCUUUACCUGAGACCUGGGGCUUCCCUUCACCCUUCGUGGGAUCUCUUAGACCACUUAAAAUGGGUGGUUUCAAAGUGGAGAAUCCCAGUGACGCCAAGGCUGCCGUGUAUGAGAAGCCUUGUUUUGAGGGCCCUUGUUUGGAAAUCAACAGUGAAAUGUUCAGCUUAUAUGAAGGUGAACAUGACAGUGCCACAGAUGGAGCAAACUCAAAGGAACUGAAGUCAGUGGGUUCUUUAAAGAUCAUUGGAGGACUCUGGGUAGGUUACAGCCAGCCUGGGUUUGAGGGCCAGCAGUACAUCUUGGAGGAAGGAGAGUACCUGGACUGCAGUGACUGGGGGGGCUCACAGCUCCUGUCGCUGCGACCAGUACUGGCUGAUUUUAUGUCUCCACACCUCAAGAUGUUCGCUGACAGAGAUUUCGGCAGACUGGGAGUCAACAUCGACCUCACAGGACCUGUUAUUAACAUGGAUGAUACUGACUAUGGCAUAAAGACGCACUCUGUUGAUGUCAUCGGUGGCGUCUGGGUUGUGUUUGAAGAGCCGGGCUUUUGUGGUGAGUCAUACAUCCUGGAGAAGGGCCUGUAUGGAAGCCCAGAGGACUGGGGGUCUUUACAGCCCAGAGUUGCCUCAGCGAUGCCAGUCAUGCUGGACGAUUUUGAGAAUGCAGCCAAGUUUAAGGUGCAGCUUUUCUCUGAGCCUGGUUUUCAAGGUUCUGUCCUCAUUCUGGAGGACAGCGUGGCCUCCCUGCAGGGCGGUUUCUCUGUGGCCUCCUGUAAGGUUCUAGCUGGCAGCUGGAUGGCAUUUGAGGGCUUGGACUUCACUGGCAGGAUGUAUGUUUUAGAAGUGGGGAGCUACCCAGAUCUGAGAGCAAUGGGCUGUGUUAAUGCGAGCCCCUCCAUCUUGUCACUACAGACUGUUGGCUUUGAGUUCUCACUGCCAUCCAUCACGCUUUUCGAGCGCUGUGGUCUGCGGGGAAAGAGGGUAGUUCUGUCAGACGGAUCAGUCAACCUUCAGCUGGCUUGUGGCUGUAGCAGAGUCCAGUCCAUGCUGGUGGAAGGAGGCAUGUGGGUAUUAUAUGAGGGAAUCAACUAUCGGGGUGCUCAGAUUUUACUGAAACCUGGUGACAUUCCAGAUUGGCCCAAGUUCAGCAGUUGGAAGAAAAUUGGGUCCCUCCGGCCUCUUAUACAGAAGCAAGUGCACUUCCGUUUAAGAAACAGACAGACGGGCCUCAUGAUGUCAGUGACUGGCACUUUGGAUGAUGUCAAACUGCUGCGGAUCCAAGAAACAGAGGAGACCGAUGGAUUUGAGCAGAUCUGGUUCUACCACAAUGGACAUCUCCAUUGCAAGCUGUUGGAGGACUGUUGCCUGAGCCCCAGUGGUAGUGUAACAAUGGCAGGAAGCCGCGUCGGCCUCACCCCGGAGCCAGGUAUCCACCUCUGGAGUAUUACCCCUGAGGGCUUUAUCCGCUACUCCCCCACCACUGAUCUGGUCCUAGAUGUCAAAGGGGGGGUACACUACGACAAAAACCAAGUGAUUCUGAACACACUUGAUCCAAAUAAACCCCAACAACAGUGGCAAGUGGAAAUUAUCUGAAAACACACAAACUGAAUUGGAAACCUAAUAUCAUCAGAGGUACAGGUCUCUAGAGGUUUUAUUAUACAGCUGCAUAACAAGCGCUCAAGGACGAGGUACGUCACUGAAGGUGCAGGAGAACUACAAUAAAGGUCCAGUGGAGAUCUAUGGGUCAAUCCAUAAGAAUGUACGACUACUCACUGAAUAUACAAGUGGAGUCUGAACUUGAAAUACUUUCACAUUCCUAUUAAUAUAUGCAAAGGUUUAUAUUUUCUCUCAUUGAAUAAAUCUGUUUUCCUGAUGUAAUUAACUUAAACAGUAUUAACA